AUGCUGCGCACUAUCGGUUUCGGCCUGUCCACCGGGAUUUUGUUGGCUCUUUUGGCUCAAUAUUAUUGCCCGGAAAUCACCCCGUUCUGGUUCAUCCAUCAUGGACAGAAAGGGCGUAUGGAACAUGUGCUCAACGCAUUAGUUUCUCAAGAACAAUCAGUGGACUUGGCGGGCUUGGCGUCAUUUUCCUCGGUCAAUCCGCCACCUCGGAUUGCCAUUGGGUUUGGAGCGUGUCAUGAUUUGUUGGCUCUUUUGGCUCAAUAUUAUUGCCCGGAAAUCACCCCGUUCUGGUUCAUCCAUCAUGGACAGAAAGGGCGUAUGGAACAUGUGCUCAACGCAUUAGUUUCUCAAGAGCAAUCAGUGGACUUGGCGGGCUUGGCGUCAUUUUCCUCGGUCAAUCCGCCACCUCGGAUUGCCAUUGGGUUUGGAGCGUGUCAUGAUUUAUUUGUGAAUGCGAGCCACAUGUUUUCCGGUCAGGAUCCGCCCAAGGUUCCUGAGCAUUUCAAUGACAUCACCACCUACUCGGAAUUCCAGAGUGUUUUCGCUUACUUCUUCCGUCAUGGGGCUGCCGCCGAGCGUUUCGUUUCUGAGGACAAGUUGUUCAAAGGCCUAGUGGCCAAAGCGGAACAAGACCCCGCCCAUCGUUAUGCCUUGGGCGGCAAUGCCCCCGUCAUGGCCCUACGAUUCGCCCAAGAAGGGGCAGAGGUCCUUUUGGCCGGUCGAAUGAGCCCAGAGUUGAAAAAGUCACUGCCCACGAUGAUAACUGUGGCUGGAUCGGACCACGUGGCCCACGAUGAUGUCCAUUUGAUCUUGGAGUAUAAGCGGAACCAAGUUUGGCAACAAUAUCAAAGCCCACGAGCCAACAGAUUCAUCGUUCAUAGUGACGUCAAUAAUCCGAUGGUCAGUUCACUGGAAGACUUCGAGCGGUCCCUCCAGGGUUACAAACCCAAUCUGUUAUUAGUGAGCGGGCUUCAGAUGAUGGAUAAUUAUCCAUUCAAAGCAGGCGCGCGAAUCGCUCGCUUGAUGAAGAUUCAAGCACUCAUGAAACGUCAACCCAUGGACCAGACUCGGAUUCACUUCGAGAUGGCCUCUUUUGUGGACGAAUCACUCCUGACCGAGCUCACGCAGCAAGUGAUUCCUUAUGCGGAUUCCUUGGGCAUGAAUGAGCAAGAAUUACCCAAUCUCUUGAGCAUGCUCAAGCAUGGAAACAUCAGCUACGUCUCGAAUUCCAACCCCCGCAUCGCCGUGGUUCUCGAUCAAAUGAGGGAAGUCUAUAAAAAGUUGGGCUCUUUCAAUUAUCAAGUGAACGGACCCCGUCCAUUGACUCGUCUUCAUGUGCAUACUCUGGCAUAUCAGGCGUUUCUUGUGAAGAAGGGUAGUUUGUGGAAGAAUACAGUUGUGGCGGCCGCCAAGGCCAGUCUCACUGCCAACCGCCAUGUUUGCGCUUCGCCUCAGAUUGAUUUGGAAAAGGCCUUUAUCAUCAUGGAUGACAGCUUCUCGACCUCGACGGAUCGCGAAAAGAGCACCCGAAUCAUUUUUGACGACCAUCGCCCUGUGGCGUGUUGGAGUGAAGAUCACCUAGAUAUUCAAUUCUGCAUCGCCCCCAAUUUGGUGUGCUCGGAAGCUCAGCAAACUGCUGGAGGCGGAGAUAACAUUUCGGCCGCAGGCCUGAUAUUUCAAGUGUAGCUUUCAACACCUUUCUGUUUCUUUAUAUUUUCCGUCAAUUUGCUGUGAUAAUGAAAUAAACUGUCAUGAAUCAGA